CGCGCGGCUCUCGGGAUGGCGGUGCAGAGCCUGGCGCCGGCUGCCCUCCUCUUGGCGGUCUCCAUCACGCUAGCCAGGGCCACCAAGCCCGGGAUCGUGGCUAGAAUCACCGGUCCGGGCCUGGACUAUGCCCUCCAGAAGGGCAUCGCUGCCCUGGAGAAGAAACUGGCCGAGAUGAAGCUGCCGGACAUCUCGGGGUCCCAGGAGACACCUGUAGGAGACGUGUACUAUGAAUUCUCCCGCUUGAACCUGCGCAGCUUCCGGCUGCCGAGCUCCCAGAUCACCCCCCUCCCCGACGUGGGCGUCCAGGUGUCCGUCUCCAAUGCCUUCGCCCAGCUGACGGGGAACUGGAGGUGGAAGAGAGGGCUCUUUGGGGACGACGGCCAAUUUAACCUGAAGGUCACUGGUCUCAGCAUCUCUGUCAGGCUGCAGCUGGGGAGCGACGCCUCUGGGAAACCCACCGUGACCAUCUCCGGCUGCACCACCUACAUUUCGGAUGUCGACGUGGAUGCUGGCUGGAUUUACAAGCUGAUCAUCAAGAUAAUUAAGUCGCGCAUCAAGGCACUGAUGCAAAGCCAGGUCUGCAGAGAGGUGAGGAGCUUCGUCAGCACCCAGCUGCAGCCCUACCUCUGCGCGCUGCCAGUCAUAGCAGCGAUAGACACGGUGGCCAGCGUCGACUACUCCCUGGUGGCCCCCCCCGUGGCAACGGCCCAGUAUCUGGACGUGAGUCUGAAGGGCGAGAUCUUCUCCCGGGCUCACCGCGCGCCGGCCCCCUUCUCUCCCCCCGCCCUGGCCUUCCCGCUGGAGCACAGCCGCAUGGUUUACCUGGGGGUCUCCAGCUACGUCUUCAACACCGCCAGCUUUGUCUACCAGGCCGCCGGGCGCCUGGUCUUCAGCAUCACCGACGACGUGUUUCCCAAAGAGGGCUUUUUCCACCUGAACACCUCCACCUUCUACCACUUCGUCCCCCAGUCGGGGCACGGCUCCGGGGUGGGGGACGGAGCCCAGCUCAACUCGGGGCCCUCCCCGUAUCCCGACGUCUCCCUGGCCGCGGCGCGGCUGCAAGACGCGGUGGACGUCCUGACAGCGCAAGCCGACGAGCUGACGUGGCUUCUCCUUCUGUCCCCAGACGAGCAACGUUUCUGCCAGCGUCAGCGUGAGCUCUGCCCGGAUAUGCGGGGCCUUGGCAUCUGGCGGGGCUCGGAGAUGACCCGGAUAAAACCAGCUGCAGAAUUAGCUCUGGGGCCAGAAACUGUGAUGACCGUUAGCCAGCACGUGGAGGGGGGUGCUGACACGUGUCUGUCCCCGCGCAGGCUGGAGCUGUCGCUGAAGCACUCGGACAUCGGCCCCUUCUCUGUGCUAGGGCUGCAGCAGUUCAUGAACUUCCUUGCCUCCAACAUCCUGCUGCCCUCGGUGAAUGGCCAGCUGGAGAAGGGCUUCCCCCUCCCGCUGCCCGCACACGUCCAGCUCUCCAGCUGCGUCCUGCAGCCACACCAGGACUUCCUGCUGCUGGGAGCAGACGUGCGAUACGGGCUCUGA